GAAAAAGGGUGCCUGCGUCCUGGUCAAGUCUCCAUCAGAUAAUGUGAGGCAGAAUGGCUUGGCCGUGACUGUGUACUGAUUUCCGGCUCCCUUCAUCAUGCCUUCUGCAUUGCUGUGCUCCAUUUUUCCAAAUGCUUUUGCUGCGCACUCUUUGUUUUAUUCUUUUGAAACCAAUUCGAAUUUCGCGCUUUUUUUUUUUUCUUCUUCUGCUUCUUCUUCGUUGUGAUUCUUGUAUGGCGGAUCCAUUCGAUCCAGAGGCCAGCCCGGGCACGCCCCGGCGCCUGGUACCGCGGCUCAAGCGCGCAGGCCUGUCUACUGCUGCUGCUCAUGCUGCUUCGGCAGACGGCACCGCGGCGAGCCUCAGCAAGGGCAACGGGCGGCGCGGGUUGUCGCUGGUUCGCAGGAACGACGACGCGCGCCCGAGCCAGCCGACCAACCCAAGUGGCACUCUGCAUGAAGGCACCGAACCUGAUGGUGCUGAUGGUACAGAUGGUGCUGCGAUGAUGAGUGCUGCCAGCCCAGAGCACGAGACCGACCAUUCCGACGACGGCAGCGCGGCUGAAUCGAGUUGCAGCGUUUCAAUUGGUGAUGACGCUCCGCUGGACAAUCGAGCCGCUGCGAGCGCCCCAACGAGUGAUGGACUGCAGUGUCCAAUGUGCGGACUCAAAUGGCGGCGGACAGUGUCCGAGCGAGCGCGGCAUGCUCAUGUGAAUACUUGCCUCGACUUGGCAAGCAACGACACGACACGAGCCCACCAAGCGCCUCUCAUCGACGCCGCGUCAGAAGCUGACAAUGCUGAUGCAAGGUCAAGUGCGGUGCCAACGUCGCCGCAGACAAUCGCGGCCGCAGUUGCGCGCGCACUCAGGCUAGCUACUCCGCCUCGACGCGAUUCUGCCGCUCUUGCCACACUCGGAGUAGCUGCAGCAGGAGCCUCCAGUACUGCCACUGCAUCUGGAACAGCCCGAAGACAACGCUCACGAAUCGAUCCAGACUUGCAGCUCGGAAUGGCACUCUCGAAAUCCUCUGCUGUCCACGAAAAGCACGAGCGCGAGAAGGAAAACGCGUUUGCUGUGCUUGCCAUGGGCGCCAAGAGCAGGGAGGAGAUUGAGUCUGCCAUGCGCAUCCUCCAGGGUGAGAAUGGGAGCACAGAGUCCAAGCGCGGCGGGCGCGGAAAAGCACGGCGCAGCAAAGUCGGUCUCGAUCACGCCGAUGUCCCAGCAUUUCUUCUUCGCGAUGAAGUCGCAUUUCGGAAACGAAUGGAGUUGCGCGCUACCGAGAUCAUGUUUGGUAAAGAGGCAGGUGUGGCGGCGGCAGUUGGCGCCAUCACCCACGGUGACAGUCGGUCUACAACAGAUGAUGCUGCAACCUCUUCUUCUUCUUCUUCUUCUGCUGCUGCUGCUGCUGCUGCUGCUGCUGCUGCUGCUGCUGCUGCUGCUGCUGCUGCUGCUGCUGCUGCUGCUGCUGCUGCUGCUUCGUCUUCCGGCGCUACCGAUCCAGCUCGGACACCCAAAUUGCAACGGAGUCGGCUGGCACGCCGGACGGAGGCGUCCAGACCUUUGAACGACGGGCAAGACACGGGAGCCUUGUACAGCGCCACUGCGGAAAUGUCGGGCUUCGACUGUAACUCUCCUCUCAUCCGUGCCAAACGAUUCUACUCUGAUUCUGUCGAUGAUGCCUGUGGGAAUCCCGCGUCGUUGUGGCAGUUGACGACUGGUUCGCCUGCCAUGCCCGAGCGUGCUUUUCUCCUUCCAAGCGUCAUCACCACCGCUUCUUCGCCAGCAAUGCCGACGGCUCGGACGGCUCGGACGGCUUUGCCUUCUCGCAGCAACUCUGGGCCGACUACGACCGAGCUCCCUCAAACGGCAGUCGAGGUCCGCUCAGAGACGCUCACUUCGCCUGAAAUCAAACGACUGCGUCAAGCUGAACUUGACGAGGAGGAUGAGCGCGCUAGUCGUCCGCGUGUAACCUUUUCGGACCCCACUGAUUCUGCUGCUGCUGACGAUGACCUCGAUGCAGCAUUGCAAGAAGAUCAGCGAAUCGUCUCAACCCCGUCGUCACCAUCGCACAGCCGCAUUCAUUACCCGUCGUCGUUGACUCUCAGCCAGGGCCACCUCCUUGGUGUGUUGCAUGAUUUGCAUGCUGAGGCUGACCAGGACGACGAUUCUCAGCAGUCUGAAGCCUCGAGCAGUGCCUUGCCUUUGUCCAACGCAGGCCUGUUUCAUAGUGCUCCGGCUCCUGAAGGCGCAGCGGAGCAAACUGACAGUGAUUCGCAAUCAGACUCUGUGGACGUUGUUCUCGAGGCCGAGCAGAGCACCACCGAAGUUGUCGAUGUUCCGUCUUCCAACCCUUCAUCCUGCGCUGUUUUGAAUGAGAGCAACAUCGGGCGUACUCGGCACAAUGACAAUGUUCUUGAUGACGACAACGAGCCGACUCCUUCCGCUAUGGUCGACGACCCCGACCUUGAUGAUCUCCCGGAUGUGGGCCUGAUUCACUAUGUGCCUCAUCGAAGCGAACGUGCAGAGCAGUCAGAUCCAACUUUGCUAGAGACGCGUUUCGUGGACCCGCAUGACGAUGAUGUGGGACUUGUCCACUUUGUACCAUCGCCCGACAAUUCUUUGACUCGAACCGACACCAACCCUCACCGUGAUUCUGACAAUUAUGUACCGCACUCUCCGAGUUCCGACCUUGAACACCACCACUCGUCGCGUCCUGCCAGCCCUUGUAGCGACUCGACCCGACUGCCUUCCCUACGCUCCAUGUUGAGGUCGCCGGCGCGCUCCCAGUCUCACGAUUGUGUCUCUGAUGAGUUUGAACCCCGAUCGCGUCACCUGCCACCUUCGCCGUUACUAGCAGCACCCACUGGCUUCCCCAUGGCGCGUUUUGCUCGCGCGGUCUCAUUGACACUGCCUCGCGAUCGCUCCACGCCACCCUCCAUCGCGGCCGACAAUGACCACCCAGCCAAACAGAUCGCAGCAUCGUUUGCUGCUCAGAUGGACAAGCUUCAGCAAGAGCUCAUUGCACGACUCCGUGACGCGCAAGCGGAAUUCGAAACCAAAGCUCUUGAGUUGCAAAACUGGCGCGAUCAAGAACUUGCCAAGGUGCAAUCCAAUGUCCAAAUCGCAUCGUCCUCCUUUGUCUCGCCAGUCCGACCAGCAAGGCCUGUCGAGUCAGCCAGACCUGCGGAAUCAGGCAGUCCUGCUGCUGCUAUUGCUGCGGCUGCAACGCCUGUCGUGGAACGUGCGCCAAGCCAGGAGCAGUCCGUCUCGUCGGCUGGUGCUCCAGAAGGCCUCCCUCCAACACCCAACUUUGCCAUCAUGAACACGCCGCACUUGAAGGUUCACUAUCAGACCAUGGGCAUGAGAAUUCCCAAGACUCGCAACCGCAACGUGCUUGUCGAGCAGCUCACCGAAAUCUUCCACCGAUUGCGGGAUCAUCGCUUUGGCGUCUCUUCUGUAGCCAAUGCCAGUGUCUCAGCUGCGGCCACCCAUCGUGCGAAGGAUGUUGCCACGACCACCAACGACUGUGACGACGAUGAUCGCAUGGCCAUGUCUCAGCCAGAUCCCUCCUCGGUGGCUCUCGCGGCUUCUCGUGCAGCCACCAAAACCCGUGCCGUGUCUUCCAAACGGCGCAACGCUGCCCAUGCCACUGAAGCACCUGCCGCUUUGCCGGAAGGCUCCAUCAGCGAAGCACAGGCAUCGUCCACGACCACAAGUGUCAAUCCCGCGCUCAAACCCAAUCGCCUAUCCACCCGUGCCUUCGACAAAACCGAACAAUUUCAGUUGCUACGUGCUCUGGUUGAGCAAGACAGCGUCAUGUACCAAAAGCUGCUUUUGUUUCAGCCUGUUGGCCUCGACGAGUUUGAGCGUUGGGCGACCGAGCACGGCGUCGCGUGCUCUGCAGGUGUUCCGCAACAGUUUCUCGACUUGAUGGGCUGCACGUAUCGUGGCGCGCAAGUGUAGCGCUUGCUAUAUAUUUUUUCAGCUGUCAUUAUGUAUUUUUUUGUAUCUAUUCAAAGCUAUUUAUUACAGUCACAUAUCCAUUAACAACA